CACUAUACACCCCUAUACAGUACUAUACACCCCUAUACAGCACUGUACACCCCCAUACAGCACCAUACACCCCUAUUCAGCACUAUACUCCCCUAUACAGUACUAUACUCCCCUAUACACCACUAUACAGUACUAUACGCCCCUUUAAAGUACUACACAUCCCUAUACAGUACUCUACACCCCUAUACACCACUAUACACCCCUAUACAGUACUAUACACCCCUUUACAACCCUAUACAGUACUUUACACCCCUAUACACCACUAUACAGUACUAUACACCCCUAUACACCACUGGACAUCUCUAUACAGUACUAUACAGCCCUACACAGUACUAUACACCACUAUACAGCACUGUCAUCUUAGCAAGUCUGCAUAUCUGGUGUAAUGCAAACCCAAACUUCCUCUUUUUAAAAACAAUAGUCAGUCUUCCCUUUAGGUCAUGAAAGUUAUGCAGUCUUGAGUGGUAGUGAUAUAAUUAUGUAGUCUAGAUCUAGAAUAAGGAUAUAGUUUAGAAUGGUUUUAGUUUUAAAUGCUAUCCUUUGGUUUACCAUAUGCCUUUUGAGGUGUCUUGCGUCCAAGUGAUGUAGCUAUUUUGACAUGUAAACAACAAAAACAAGUCCGGAAUAUUUUGUUUUGAAUUUUUUUUCCCAAGAGCGAGUUUUGUACAAUCACUCCACAUCGUUCCGAAUCAGAUAAUCAGGGAGACUAAAAACUCCUAUUGAAGACAUAAGCUUAACUUAUAAGCUCAUCUCACGGAAGCAACUAGUUAAUUUUUAUGGAAAACGCGAAAGUUUCUAUGUAACAAAGUCACUUACCACAAUUUGGCAGUUCACUUCAGCGUGGAUCCUAUAGGCAGAAACUUCCAGCGAACGUUGCGAAGACUGAACUGAACUAAUCUUUUCGAUAGAUCACAGGCGGCCCAAACGUUGAAUACGAGAAAACUAUAUAACAUCUAGUGAGGGUCCAUGUAUCAACACAAAGGGUAUAAUUCCGCCAUAAACCACGACACACCUCUGUAAACCCCUAUACAGCACUAUACGCCCCUAUAAAGUACUGUUCACCCCUAUAGAGCACUAUGCGCCCCUAUAAAGCGCUGCACACCCCUAUACAGCACUAUAUACCCCUAUACACCCCCAUACAGCACUAUACACCCCUGUACUGCAUUAUACACCCCUACACAGGAGUAUAAACCCCUAUACAACACUAUACACUCCUACACAGCACUAUACACCCCU